UAUGGGAAAUGGGGUUUUCCGUCCUCGCUGGGCCACUGUCGUUGUACAUUUUGAACACUGCAUUGUGAUUUUAUAAUGGCGCAGGAAUUCGUAGAGAGUCAGAUUAAAGGCAAUAAAGUUGUUUUGUUCAUGAAACCGUCAUGUCCCUACUGUGUAAUGGCGAAGGAAGUCUUGUUAAAAUACAACUUUAAACCCGGACACUUGGAAUUGAUUGAUAUCAGUGGACGGAAAGAUAUGGGAAGUAUUCAAGACUACCUGCAGCAGAUAACCGGGGCUCGUACGGUCCCUCGUGUUUUCGUUGGGAAGAAGUGUGUUGGUGGAGGAACUGAUGUGGAAGAGCUGGACAACACUGGGGAACUGCAGGGCCUACUAGAAGCCAUCAGUGCCUUGCAGUGAACACCUCAAACGCCCACGGCUUCCCAGUCUGUCUGCUCCUCAGCGCACUUCCUGGUCACAUGACGGAGCAGCGUGACUUGCGUAGCUGCCGCCGGCACUGCUGAUAUUCGCUGAGCUGCUGCAGGUAUCCCCUGGACGGCCACCGCAACCUCUCUACUUGUUCCCUCUCUUCCUCUGCGAAUAUAGCCAGAAAUAAAUGCUCCACCUGUCCUGCUAACAGCCACUAUCAAAGGCAGUUAAAACAUACUUAAAAUGCUUAGCUGAUAUGUCUGUUCACCUUUUUAGAAUGAGAAAAAUGUUAUUAUCCCAGAGGAAAUUGCUUAGCACUUGUUUAUUUUUCAUGGAUUUGAUAUGAAUAUGGGCUACGGUUCUGUAUUGGAGAGCUGAUUGUGCUUUUCUGAAUAAUCUGAUCUAGAAGCACGUAAAACAAUAAACAUGCAUCAAUUCAAA